AUUAAUCAGUAUGUUAUCUUGGAAAAGAAAAGAGCGCGAGCGGCAGUCGUACGGUAAAAGUUUUGGAUUUGUUUAUAAGAAGAAUAAGUAAUAUCGCAGUAAUUUUGAAACCAAAAGUUACGAAUUCAUAAUGCAAGCUUUCCUUAAAACUGGGAAAAUAUCAGCGUCAGAAAAAGCCUCUACAUCGGGUGUAAAAACUUCCAAAAAGAAACCACCGGCACCAUGGGUUGAAAAAUACCGACCUAAAACAAUUGAUGACAUAGUGGAUCAAGGAGAGGUAGUACAAGUGCUAAGAGAGUGCCUUUCUGGAAGCGAUUUGCCUCAUUUAUUGUUCUAUGGACCUCCAGGAACGGGUAAAACUAGUGCGAUCCUAGCAGCAGCAAGACAGUUAUUUGGUGAUAUCACAAGAGACAGAGUAUUAGAACUUAAUGCAUCAGAUGAAAGGGGAAUACAAGUAAUAAGAGACAAGGUCAAAGCAUUUGCUCAAUUGACUGUUAGUUCUACCAAAUCUGAUGGCAGACCAUGUCCACCAUUUAAAUUAGUCAUCCUUGAUGAAGCCGACUCAAUGACAAAUGCAGCUCAAGCCGCCUUGCGUAGAACAAUGGAGAGAGAGACAAGAACAACUCGUUUCUGCCUCAUAUGCAAUUAUGUUUCAAGGAUUAUUCCACCCAUAACAAGCAGAUGUUCAAAAUUUAGGUUUAAACCACUGUCAAGGGAGAAUGUUAUUAAAAGAUUACGCGAAGUAUGUGAAUCUGAAGGUGUGAAUGUUGGAGAAGGUGAUGUUCUACACCAGGCAGUGGACACAUGUGAUGGUGACCUGCGGCGGGCACUAACUGCCCUCCAGUGCUGCCAGAGAUUACUGGGCAAGAUAACUGCUGAAGGAUUGAUUGAGGUCACAGGGUUGGUGCCAGAAGCAAUGGUCAAUGAAUACCUAAAUAUAAAGGAAUAUUCCGAUUUAGAACAAUUCGUGGAAAAAUUUCUAAUGGACGCAUACUCGGCAUCGCAGCUACUGGAGCAACUCAGCGCUACUGUUGUAAGCGGCGGCCACUUGACCAACAAACAGAAAUGUGACAUCAGUGAGAAACUGGCUGUCUGUUCCCACCGGCUGCUGGACGGUGGGGCAGAGAUCAUGCAGCUCACAGAUCUGGGCUGCACCAUCAUAAUGGCCAACAAAAAUCCCUGAAACGUAGCGUCUCUUUCAAAUGUAACACAUGAUCGGAUUUGGUACGACGAACCAUGGGACACGGUCUGGUAACGGACCAUAUUCGAUUAUUCAUCGAACAAAAUUAUAAUUAUUGCCAUCCGGACCGUACCGAGUACGACGCCGGACCGUCCGCUGAUCCGGCCGUAGCAAGUCUGACCAUGUGCUUAGUUUAUAAUUAAAAGCAUUUCAAAUGAAAUGUGUGAAAUCGUUAGGUCUAAAUGCCGCCUUUUCUCUUUUUCAAAAUGGUGCUUUCUAAAAACUUCGCAAUAAACAUUCGCCGAAAUAACCCAAUUACUUAUAUAAAAACCUUAAAUUUAUGUUAAUUGAUUUGAAAUACUGUAAAGAAUAUCAGAUGUGUGUUAAAAUCUGUUAUACAAUUUGUUUUUCGAUACUCUAGAUUUGUACUCUGUGGAGUAGAUGUUCGAGGUAAAACGAUUGUAUGAAUCAUUCUGCUAAUAUCGAUACGGAGAAAUUGUUAUUGCAUGUCUUUUUGUUUUUCUUAGAAUAGCGCUAUUGUUUUGGUAAUAUACGAAUUUGUUGCUAA